CUUUUUUUUUGUUGUUGUUUUACUUCUUCCUCAUCACGUCUGCUGCAGCCUGCACCGAAUACUGCAGAAAUUUAGAGUUCCUUCUUGUUUUAAUCUCAAAGAAAGAAUAAAGGAGUUUGGGUUUGGUUCUGUAAAUGGGAAAGCAGAAAGUGAAACCCCUCCUUACAUGUUUCACUCAAGAAGGUGAUUAUCUCGCCAUUUUGUCUCCGGAUGGAACUGUUAAAAUUUGGAGCACAAGUACUGGGAGUUUAUUGGCGGAGUGGAAGCAGUCAGAUGGCAACCUUCCUAAUAGUUAUUCCUGUAUGGCUUGCAGUUUUAUCCCAAAGAAGGGGCGUGGAACUUGCUUACUUGCUAUUGGAUUAAAUGAAGGGGACAUCUGGAUUAUUGAUGUCUUAGCUGGUGACAAGAAGUGGUCAUCUACUGGUUAUUAUCCUAGUGGAAUUGCAGGUCUUUCAUUCAGAAAUAAAGGUCAUAGUCUGUAUGUCAUUGGAAGCAAUGGAAAGGCAUCUGAAAUAAACUCAGAAAAUGGAGAUUUGAUAAGGGAGUUCAAAGCUUCCAAAAGGUCCAUCACUUCUUUGACAUUUUCACAAGAUGGGAAGUAUUUGGCUUUGGCCAAUGGUAAGCUUCGUGUCUCCAGCCUGGAAAACGGGAAAGAGCUUCUAAAGUCUCCUGAUGAUUUGGAUCCUGUGCAAUAUAUAAGUAUAUCCAAUGAUGCCAAGACAAUUGUUACAUCAGGGUUUGGGGAGACAAAUCUUCAAGUCUGGAGUUGUGAUUUGAGUUCCAAAACUCUGAGUGGUGGCUCUGUUAUUUCAAUGCCUCGCCCUCCGUUAGCUUUUGAAUGUAAGAAUAGUGGUAGUGACGAAGAUGGUUCUGUGAUCUUGGCACUUUCGGAGUCUGGUAUUGCUUAUGUUUGGAAUUUGGACACCGUUUCCCAGGAUGAUGUUGAACCAACGAAGAUUACUGUCAAACUUGAUAAAGCAGAGGGAGACCAGCAGAAGAGUGCAGGCUCAAGGAAAAGUCGUAUUCCUGUUAUCUCUGCUAGAUUACAUGCUACAGGCAUGGACCAACAGGUUGUUGCCCUUAUUGCUUAUGGUCCAUUAGAUUCUCCACAGUUUAGUCUUGUGAAUGUUAGCAAAGCAGGGGAGAAUAUUGUUAUAAAUGUUGUGGAUCAGACUGAAACUAUUCAAGAAAAUGGGACAUCUUUGUUAAAAGUUGAUCCAAAUGGAAAACCAAAUAAAAAAAGAGCUGCUCCUGAUCCAGACCUUGCUACGACAAGAAGCACGAAUGAUACUGGUCAUGGAGAGAAUGUUGAUGGAGUUCUCGUCAAUGAUGAUCCGAGUGAGCCUACCAUGGCUGAGAAACUUGCAAGUUUAAAUUUAAUAGAAAAUGGAAAAAAUGAAACCAAUGAAAACCAAGAAAGAAAAGAACCCUCUACUCAUGGCAAGCCUCCCAUCGCGGAUUCAGUUAUUGUUCUGCUUAAGCAGGCACUCCGUGCUGACGAUCAUGCACUUCUGUUAGAUUGCUUAUACACUCAAGAUGAGAAGGUUAUUGCAAAUUCAGUCUCCCAAUUAAAUCCAUCUGAUGUUCUCAAGCUUUUACAAUCUCUUGUAUCUAUAACUCAAUCAAGGGGUGCAGUAUUGGCAUGUGCGCUUCCUUGGAUAAAAAGUUUACUUCUUCAUCACGCUAGUGGAAUUAUGUCCCAGGAAUCCUCUCUUCUUGCUCUGAACUCUUUGUAUCAGCUUAUUGAAUCUAGAGUCUCAACUUUUGAAUCAGCUCUUCAAAUAUCAAGUUGCUUAGACUUCCUUUAUGCAGGGGUUGUUGAGGAUGAGUUUGUUGAGGAUGCUGCAAUUCCAGUAAUAUUUGAGGACACGGAUGAAAGUGAUGAAGAGGAACCGGAAGAUGCAAUGGAAACUGAUGAUCAAGAGAACGAAGAUGGGGAAGCACUUGAUGAAGCAUCUGAUGGGGUUAGUGAUUUUGAAGGGAUUGAUGAUAUGAGUGACUGAGUAGUAACGAUUGGUUGGUGUUCAUUCUGUUGAAAGCUCAUAAAGUGAUCUGAUAACCAUUGAAAGAAGAAGAAAAGCAAUGAGUUUCACAGACCAUAACCUUGUUUCUCACCGGAAAAUACACUGCAUACUGAUUUAAGGAAAAGCAAACGGGAGACAUCCCACAAACAAAUUCGGAGUUUAAAUUUUGCUCAUUCAUGUUUUACACCAGGAAGCACACGUACUCGUAGGAGAGGAAGAUUUGAUGCCAACUUGCAGGUACUGUUGCUAUAACCGGGAUUCUUUGAUGGAAGUUGUUCCUUUCUCGAACAAAUACCGAAAAUCCCAUUGGCCUUUUCAAUUUUAGUAUCUCUCCAGAAUUUGCAAUUUUCAUCAUAUUUGCAGGAAUGUAAAAGUAAAACUUUCUCUAAACCCUUUUUUUUGGGUACUAUUUAUAAGCAUGUAUUGUUCUUUAGCAUGAUUUCAUCUGCAUAAGAAAAGUGACAUCUUAAGAGCUUUGAGAGCUUGGAUUUGCUUCAA